UGUGUUCCGAAGGACCUCUUUGUCCCACCGCCGCCGACGAAAUGGCAGUAGUCACGCGACGCUCCGUCGAUCGCCAACUCUGUUCGCGUCGCGUUUUCGGUUUUCGAUUUAGAGCCCUCGUGUGGGAGGGGGGUGUGUGUAGGAAUCCGAGUAUCCAAAGAGGAUCGACGCUUCACACCGGACCCGUGGUUUAUUGCCCGCGGGAUAAGAGCUAAUGUAUACCGAGUAGAGUAAUUGAUGUACGAAAAGCGGUUUGGUUUCAAUUUCAAAAUGACUACGGAAAGUCCUACAGGAAUUACUGCAGAAUUUCAAAAUAAUUUACGAUCAGAAUGCGAACGUAAACUAAACGAAACAGUUCGCAGUGCAUAUUUAAGUUCACAUUUCUGUCGUGGAACAUUUGAUGGAUGGCUAUGCUGGGCCGAUACUGAAGCUGGAGUCACCGUACAUCAACCGUGUCCACAAUUUAUUUCUGGAUUUGAUCCAACGAGAACUGCUUAUAAAAUUUGCAAUAAAGAUGGUACAUGGUUCAAGCAUCCAAUAUCACGUGCAGUCUGGUCAAACUAUACUACUUGUAUUAAUAUUGAUGAUUACAACUGGACACAGCGGAUCAAUCAAAUUUAUCAAACCGGUUACUUGGUUUCGUUCAUUGCAUUACUUCUAUCAAUAACCAUUCUUACAUAUUUCAAGUCUCUGAGAUGUGCACGCAACACACUACAUACACACAUGUUCACGUCAUUUGCCAUUAAUAAUCUUCUCUGGCUGUUAUGGUACAGACUGGUCGUCGAGCAUCCGUCAGUCGUACUUCACAACGGGUGGUGGUGUCAAAUACUACAUGUUGUGCUACACUACUUUCUACUUACCAAUUAUGCGUGGAUGUUAGCCGAAGGAUUUUAUUUACACACCCUUCUCGUGUUUGCUUUUACAUCCGAAGAUACUCUAGUCCGUUGGUCCUGGACGUUGGCCUGGUCAACGCCACUAGUUGUCAUUACUUUAUAUUCAUUUCUCCGAAUUGUUUAUGACCAUACAUCUGAGUGCUGGAUCAAUGAGUCACCAUUUACGGAGGUACUAGUUGUGCCAGUAUGUAUGUCAAUGGCACUCAAUCUGGUGUUUUUGUGCAAUAUUGUCCGAGUUCUAUGGGUUAAGCUUCAAGCAGGGCCGUCACAUCUGUCCAACAGCACUCCAUCCCGGACACUGUUGCAGGCAUUUAGAGCCACGUUACUAUUGCUGCCACUUCUCGGCCUACAUUAUCUACUCACGCCUUUCCGGCCACCAAAACAACACCCUUGGGAGCGGUUCUACGAAGUAGUGUCUGCCACUACGUCUUCAUUCCAAGGACUUUGUGUGGCGACAUUGUUUUGUUUUCUCAAUGGAGAGGUGGUAGCCCAAAUCAAAAGACGGUGGCAAUUCAUGUUUUUCCGGACUAGGGCCAAUUCAUACACAGCAACAACGGUCUCGGUACGUCAGUUCGUGAGAUCAACCGCUGGACCUGGUGAUAAUGAAGAAAAAGUAUAGGAAAAGAAGAACUAAAUCGACGUUAUUUGACAAAAUAUGAUAUUUUUUAAAUACACAGCAGGAUUUUUUUAUUGUGAACCACGUCUAGGAAGAUUCGAAAUUUAUGUUUUAUCUUGUGUUUUACACAACGUAAUUGUACAUAACGUUAUUGAAUCAUCAAGUUUUUUUUUUUUAAUGACAACCAAUAGAACUGCAUUUUAAA